UAUUGAUUGAACAAAGAAAGGGAAAAUGUCAUACGGGGAUGAUGGUGAGAAGAGAAAGAGGUACGCUGUGAUCGGCAUCUCCUCCGUCUUGCUGGUGGCGAUGGUGAUCGCUGUGACGGUCGGAGUGAGCCUCAACAAUGGUCAGUCCUCUCCGGCAAGCAGCAACAAGGACGGGUCCCAUGAGGUUUCCGCCUCGAUGAAGGCCAUAAAAUCCAUAUGUCAACCGACGGAUUACAAAGAGGAGUGCAUCAACAGCCUUAGUUCCGAGUCGGGAAACACAACCGACCCAAAAAAGCUCAUCCAAGCCGGUUUCAAAGUCGCCAUGAAGUACCUCUCGGAAGCCGCCAAAAAGUCUGUCGUCCUCCAAGACCUAGAGAAGGACCCAAGAGCCUCUAAAGCCCUAGGGCACUGCAAGCAACUGAUGGAAAAUUCCAUUGACGAUCUCAAGCACUCCGUCGAUAAGCUUGGUGAGUUUGACAUAUCAAAAUUCGACCAAAUGCUGAUGGACUUGAAAAUCUGGCUUAGCGCCACGGUAACCUACCAGGAGACUUGCCUAGAUGGCUUUCAGAACACCACAGGGGAAGCUGCGGAGAAGAUGAAAAAGGCGCUGAAGACGUCGAUGAGGCUCAGCAGCAACGGCCUAACAAUGGUCUCCGAGAUCUCCUCCGUCUUCUCCGACUUGCAGCUUUCGAGCAUGGGAAGAAGGCUGUUCUCCGACGAGGAAGAGAGCGAGCUGCCGGUCCUCGGACAUAGCGACGAGGCCGAGUGGUUCGGCGGUGGGGUUCGGAGGCUGAUGGCGGUGCAUCCCACGAAGGUGAAGCCGAACAUUGUGGUGGCGAAGGAUGGGAGUGGGAAGUACACGACCAUAAACGAGGCCUUGAAGGAUAUUCCGAGGAGGAGUGAGAAUACGUUUGUGAUAUAUAUUAAGGAAGGGGUUUACAAGGAGUACGUGACGAUUGAGAGGAACAUGACGAACUUGUUGAUCAUCGGAGAUGGUGCCAAUAAGACCCGGAUAACCGGCGACAAGAAUUUCAUCGAUGGAUUUCCUACUAGUCUUACAGCCACCGUUGUGGUGUUGGGAGAUCAUUUCAGAGCGAGGGACAUCGGCUUCGAGAACACCGCCGGAGCGCACAAGCACCAGGCGGUGGCGUUGAGAGUGAACGCCGACGAGGCGAUCUUCUACCGGUGCGCCAUGGACGGCUACCAGGACACCCUCUACACCCACGCCAAGCGCCAGUUCUACCGCGACUGCAACGUCUCCGGCACCAUCGACUUCGUCUUCGGCGACGCCGCCGCAGUCUUCCAGAACUGCCGCUUCAUCGUCCGCCGUCCGAUGGACAACCAGCAAUGCAUCGUCACCGCCCAGGGCCGCAAGGAGCGCCGCCAGCCCUCCGCCAUCAUCAUCCAGAACGGCACCUUUGUCGCCGACCCGGACUACUACCCGGUUCGGUUCGAGCUCCCGGCUUACCUGGGCCGGCCCUGGAAGGAAUUCUCCAGAACUAUAAUUAUGGAGUCCUUCAUCGACGACCUUAUCCAGCCCAGAGGGUGGCUCCCUUGGGCCGGCGACUUUGGGCUCCGGACGUGCUUCUACACCGAGUUCGGCAACCGUGGGCCCGGCGCCGUCGAGCCCAGCCGCCGCGCCAAGUGGAAGGGCGUCAAGAACAUCACGGCCAAGCACGCCAGGGACUUUACUCCCGGCAGUUUCUUUAAGGGCGAUUGGUGGAUCAAGCGCACCGGAAUACCGUACGUCUCCGGGAUGUUCUCCGUCGUCGAAAAGAAGGAUUGAUA